CUGAGCAACUCCAAUCGCUGGCAGAUUGGUAAACCACGCGCUGCGCAAACCAGGACACGACGCGCAUUUUCUUGUGAAUCCGAGGGCUUCUUUUACGCACCUGCACAUGCUGUGUUUCACGUUGGUCAGUCGCACGCAUUGACCUACUGGAAAUCCUCAGCAAAAUAAUUCUGAAGCCGGGUGGAGAGGCGCUUUUCAUCCCGGGACUGGCGCCUCGGAGGGAUAUUUACGCAGACACUGUGACGGCGUUGGAACCAGCGCGGACUGUCCAAGUUUCUUUCUGCAAUCUAGAGGACUAUUCCAGAGAAAAAAAAAAGUGUUGGAGAGGUUGGCUCCUCUUCAGCGCUUCCCUGCGCGUCCCGAUGGAAUGAACGCGGUGUGAGCGGGGAUAGGCUUUUUUCCUCUGACAGUUUGAGUCGAGACACCUCAUCAAAAUGCUGUCCUGUCUUAUAUUCCUCGGCCUGUUUGUGAUGGCAGUCGAGUCCCAGGAAGUCUAUUCCUCAGAGGCAUCAUCAUCCUUCAGUGAGUCCUGUGACUCCUUGUGCUCGUGUGAGGUGAAAGACGGCAUCUUUUAUCUAAAUUGUGAGCAAAGGAAUAUCAGCAAAGUCUCCCAAAUUAAGGUACAGCCAGGUGUGCCCUUUCACCUCAAUCUAUACAAAAAUGACUUGGUGGAACUCCGCGCAGAAGAAAUGGAAGGACUAAAGAGUGCCCUGUCAUUGCACUUUGGGGGUAAUAGCAUACAGGAGCUGGAACCCGGGGUCUUUAGCUCCCUCGGCUCACUGAAGAAACUCCAUAUAAAUAGCAAUUUCCUAGUCACUUUGAAAGAGGACACUUUCCAAGGUCUGGUGAAUUUGGAGUUUCUCCAAGCUGACACUAAUUUUAUUCGUGUCAUUGAGCCAGGAGCCUUCAACAAACUGAUCAGGCUCAAGGUCCUCAUUCUGAAUGAUAAUUCCAUCGAGUUUUUGCCCAACAACAUUUUCCGCUUCGUGCCUCUCACCCACUUGGAUUUACGUGGCAAUAAACUCCAGACUCUGCCGUACGUUGGCUUUUUGGAGCACAUCGGACGGAUAAUGGAAUUACUUCUUGAAGACAACGAAUGGGUGUGCGACUGUGAAAUCCUACACUUAAAAAUCUGGAUGGAGCACAUGAGAGCGCAAUCUGCAAUCGGGGAUGUGGUGUGCAGCACGCCGCAACAACUCAAAGGAACCAUUUUAGCCAAAGUGAAGCGGGAUGUUCUUUGCCCCUCUCAUUUAAAGUUUAAUUUAGAGGAGCCUUCGAAGUCAUUGGAUAUGGUUGUAACCCCCUCAUCCAAAGGAGGUCAAGUUCCCAAGUUGAUCAACGCUAAAGACGACGACAAGCCACCGACACCGUCUCACGUUCCCGGGAGUCCUUGUGUGGAACACUGCUCUUGUCACAAUCACCCUGUGGCGGGGUUUUUGAUGCAUUGUCAGGACAGAGGGAUUCAAAAGGUCUCGGAUAUCGGAAUACUACAGCAGAGCCCAACCAAGCUGGUCAUGACUGGAAAUAUGAUUCAGAAGCUCUUCAAGUAUGAUUUUGUGACCUACGAUACCUUGGAAUUGCUUAACUUGGCGAACAACCGAAUCGAUUACAUAGACAAUGAAACUUUCCUCAGCCUAAGCAAUCUAAAGAAGCUCUACUUAAACGGCAACAGAAUCGAAAAGCUGUUCUCCACAAUGUUUGUGGGACUCCAUAACCUUGAAUAUCUGUACCUGGAAUACAACCUUAUCAAAGACAUUGCCCCGGGCACGUUUAAUCCCCUGCCAAACCUGAAGCUUUUGUCAUUAAAUAACAACCAGCUCAGCUCUCUCCCUGCUCAGAUAUUUCGCAACGUACCCCUUUCCAAAUUAAACCUGAGAAAGAAUCUGCUUAUGCACCUGCCAGUGAGCAACGUGCUUGAUCAACUCAACUCAUUAGAGCAGAUCUAUUUAGAAGACAACCCCUGGGACUGCAGCUGUGACUUGCUCAGCCUCAAGCAAUGGGUAGAGAAACUCCGAAAAGACACUGUGGUGGGCUCCAUUUUAUGCCAAACCCCAAAGAAACUGAUGCAAGCCGAACUGAGGAGCCUUCGCCAUGAGCUGUUAUGCCCAGGUCUCGCCACGUAUUACUCUUUGCCCCCGAACGUGGAAGAGAGCGUAACCGCUACUUUAGGGCCUGACGGCGCUAACAAGGGGGUCCUUGAGGCCCUCACGGACACUGUCCCGCUGUCAGUUCUUAUUUUGAGUCUUUUGGUUUUUGUUUUGAUGAUCAUAUUCUGCUCUGCUGGAUUGGUAGUGUUUGUGGUCCACAGGCGGAGGCGGAGGGCAAAGAAAAAAGCCGUGGAGGAGCAUUCGAGAGAAAACACCAGUAGCAGCCCCAUUCACCUGCAUUACAGCAUGUACGGCCAGAAAACAACCCAUCACACGCUGACACAAAGAACCGGGUCUGCCACUCUGUAUGAAGAGCGCUCCCACAGCCCAAUUGUGCAAAUAUGCCGCAACCCAACCUACUGCUCACAGCAUAAGGAGCUUGACGCCGAUCUGGAUUACAGCCUGGAAGAGCCCGGUGCCAAACAUCUUCUUUGCCGGAGUAUCACAGAGAAGGAGAACACAUCGCCGCUCACUGGAAACCCCAGCUCCAAAGUCAGGCCAAUAACCAGGGAGUGCCCCGCGGAGUUUGUUACUCUUGGGAAUCCCGACUCAUUGUACAGGAGCAUUCUGGAGCGAGAGAAAGAGCUGCAACAGCUCGGAAUAACCGAGUAUCUUCGCAAAAACAUGCCGCAGCUCCAGCCUACUGUAGAAAUGCAAGUCCCUGGCCAUCAGGAGGAGUUGAAACUAAUGGAGACAAUUAUGUACUCAAGACCUCGAAAGGUCAUGCUUGAGCAAACAAAGAACGAGUACUUUGAACUGAAGGCCAACUUACACACUGAGCCCGACUACCUGGAGGUUCUAGAGCACCAAACUGCAUUCAACUGAGCAGAGCGGACAGAAUAAAUAUAAUAUAUUUUGAAACAAGUGCCUUGUCCUGUUACCCUUUGUACCCUCCAGCAUGGUGUGAAUAUCGGGCACAUUGCGUUGAAUUGUAGCACAGAAUGUAACUCGGUAACAUCGAUCCGUUGACAGCCAUGUUAUGUAGCCAGUUCAAGGUGAAAUGUGUUGGGCCAAAUGUAACAUAAACAAGCUAGCGUAAUCUUUUAAAGUGGUCUGGAGAGUUCGCUCAAUCAUCUGUUUUGUAUCUGAUUAUAUCUCCACGGUGCACCGCUGCCAAAACGAAUUGAUCCGCAUCUCACAAUACGGCUCCUGGAAGCAGCAGAUGUUUGAAAAGUGACUGAAUUUCAAUCACCACUUGACCCAGAAUUUCUGUUUAAUCAGUCUAUCCUGACUUUGGAGGCGACCUGAUUAGACCCUCUGUCAACAUAAGCCAGCUAUAAUGCUGUGAACAGAAUUCUCAAUGUCCUGUACAGUCAGCAGAAGACAGUCUGCAAAGAGCCUCCCGAUGUUCUCUUUUGUUUUUUUGAACCAUGGCUUUCAUUGCAAACAAUUAUUAGCCGUCAAAUGGUUACAUUUUUAUUCUCAAUUACUCAAUUGAGCACUUAAACAUUUGCUUAUACACAACUGUACUCUUGUAAAAAUGCAUUGGACUACUCCAAAUGCCAUUGGUUGGUGCAUGACAAUCAGCAGUCCUGCUAAAUAUUUCAUUUGUUGUUGCUUUUUGCCAGAAACGAAGGAGCUACUUGUGUGCUGGGGCUCCAGCGUGUGAAUAUAUGUGUGCUCGAGUUCCAUGUUGGAGUUCAUAAAAAAAAAAAAAAAAGAAAAUCUGACUACUGAACUGCUUUAAAACUUUGCUAUUUUACAGUAAAGUAGAAUGAAAGGAAUAUGUUAAAAAAAAAAAAGGUUUUGAGGAUUUAUUUUGGAGUUAUUUCCCGUCUUGUAGCUGUGACCAUCGGACUGCUGGUGAGUGAGAUUUUUACUAUGGACUGAAUCUACAAUAGACUCUCCUUCUAUUCUCUUUGGAACUCAAAGGUCCAUGCAAGCACAUGCUAUGUAGCUUUUCUACUGAUCUAGAUUGAAUUAUUUAUUCUGUAUAUUUUGUAUAUACUUCUGUUGCAUUAUAUCUUAUGCUUUUUGUGUGCCUUCAGUGCUCAUUGUACAGAAUAUAACAGAUGUUGUAAUCGAUGAAUAUAAAAUAAAGACUAUCGAUAUCACAAUUCUGUUGCGCCGACUGAAGGUUUGCACAUGUUAUUUUUGAAUCAAAUGUGGAGCUUUCUUCAACUCAAUGUUGAGACUCACUCACUGACAGCCUCUUAAGAUUGAACAUGACCCAACAGCUCUGACUGAGGAAGUCACUCUUCUCAAAGUUGCGCCCCACAUGUUCACCAUUAAGACUCUCAAAGUAAGAGCAAGUGCUCUCUGUCGCAUCAUCAAAGCUCAGUAUGGUAAAUGUUUCUCUGGAACCUCUUAUAUGACAAUGGCUUUCACUUUCUCACGUUUUUCAAUAUGUAUACUCUGACCAUUCCUUAGACUAAUAAUAGCACAAUUUGAAAAACAGGUAAUGUCUUUUUGAACUUGAGUGAAUGGGUUUAAAACUCAUCGACCUUUUUCAACCACCAGGUGUCCAAUUUUGACUGUGAAAACACGACAAGUGAAUUCCUUUGGAUGACAUACGACCUUGAAAAUGUGUACUUUGUGAACUCUGAACCUGAGGUGGAGAUGCCUUUGCUGUUUGUUGCAGGUUUGACGGAUGUACCCAGCAUUUAUUCUCUUGGCUCCAGCAUCCGUAAAUGGUCCUACUGAAAUUCUUAAGUCAUCAAAACUCAAUUACGACGCAAAUACUACUAAUUUAGAGUUUGGUAACACAAACAAAAGCAAAAAAAAUAAGCUGAGCUGCCUUAUGACAAAAACAGUGACCAAAACACCAGUCAAAAUUGCCGCCACUAUUGGGAUGAAUGAAUUGGUCAUCCACGACAUUGAGGGAAUUUACCUAGGACUUAAGGCAGAACAAAAUGACUGACAAGGUGCCGCAAAAUCUACUGGAUCCCUGACUCACCUGGUCUGCGGCUCAUCCUCAACAAGAAUUUUAAGCUGGUGUGCCAACGUUCUCGACACCUUUGAGAUCAUGCUGUGAUGUUAUCGUUGGACAACAACACGUCCCGCAUCGAAUGAAUUGUUCACCGCUCGACAUGAUACCUUCAAGUCUCAAUAGAUCUUUCAAGUGGGGUUGUUAUGAGUUAUUUGUGUUUCUGAGGUACAACACAGAGGUUUUCAAUUUAUUGAAUCAAGCUUGAUAAAAACAAGUGCAAUUGUUGCUGUGAAUGAUGCAUUAUUCUGUUCAAGUGCGUAACCACACGCACGUGGUUGUGGUCCGUGUAAAUAUUAAACCCCCUACGCAGUGGCUGUGCAUAGUCCUUAAUCACACCACAAUGACUGCAAGCUCUUAAGCGGCCACUGUUUUCCCUGCAUGGCUUCCAUUUGCGACUCUGGGGGAACAGUGGACUUCCUCUAAUUCCUCCAUUUUAUGUCAUAAUUGAAGGAUCUGAGGCUGCCCGCAUGAAAACGUACAUAUAACCUCCCAGUUUUCAGAACUCACAAACAGACGCAUGCAUGCAGUGCGCAGAUACAGCUUAACCGCUGUGAUGAAUAAAUAUUUAUAGACUCGUAGGCAGACAUUUAAAUGUGUGUACACAGAGAGGAAGGCUGCGUAACACACACCACAGCAGGAGUAUUUCCGUCGGCCCUUUGAGAUUCCUCAGAAACAUGGCUUUUGGAAACAGAGAUGAGGCGCAAGCGGCGUGUUCCCGGGAUCGGAAACAAAUCAUGUCAUGAAAUUGUAUUUAUUUAUUCUUAUUUUAGUGGAGAAUAGUCAAUCGGGUGAUUGCGAUUGUAUGUAAUCCACGGGACGACUAUGCACUGUAAAUGGAUGGAUUAAUAAAAUAAUAUAUACAAUAUUUUAUUAAUAGUAUGGGAAAAGAUAUUGAAUUUUCUUUUCAACUGAUGUAUGGAUGUAGUUAUUUAUUUUGUAAUGAGUGGUGAAAGA